ACACUACGGCAGCGGAGGCGGGACACACCGCGCUCUCUCGCUUGUUUUUGUGUCGGCUCGGCUGGACCAAAGUGCCGAAUGUCUCCGGAUGUGAGUGGAACCCGCCGCGCGCAGGCAGCGCUCCGAACCGGGACCCGCAGCCAGUGAGUAGCCAUGGCAUCAGUGCGCUUCACCGUGACCCCCACCAAGGCGGAGGACCUCCCCGGGCUGUCGGACACGUCCCCGGACAUCAGCUCCCGAUCGGGCGCCCGCGUGCGCUUCGGCUCCAGGGAGAGCGUCAACCGGAGUGACCCGCACAGCGAGACGUCCACCACCACCGCCACCGCGGGGGGGGCAGGGACGGAGACGCCCGACGACAGCAACACAGAGCAAGGUGAAGGAAACUCUAAAAUCUCCAGCGUCUACAUCAACAACAGCCACGGGGUGGAUGAUGAUGACUUCUACGACAGGAACUUGGCCUUAUUUGAGGAGGAGAUGGACACUCGGCCCAAGGUGUCCUCUCUGCUCAGUCGUCUGGCCAACUACACCAACCUGACCCAGGGGGCCAAGGAGCACGAGGAGGCCGAGAGCAUCGGUGAGAAGAAGAAACCAGGCAAGUCGCCCCAGAUGGGGACCUUCAUGGGCGUCUACCUGCCGUGCCUGCAGAACAUCUUCGGCGUCAUCCUGUUCCUGCGGUUGACCUGGGUGGUGGGGAACGCCGGGGUGCUGCAGGCGCUCUCCAUCGUCUUCAUCUGCUGCUGCUGUACGAUGUUGACGGCGAUAUCGAUGAGUGCCAUCGCCACUAACGGAGUCGUACCAGCGGGAGGCUCGUACUUCAUGAUCAGCCGCUCUCUGGGUCCGGAGUUUGGGGGGGCGGUGGGCAUCUGCUUCUACCUAGGAACCACCUUUGCCGGAGCCAUGUACAUCCUGGGCGCCAUCGAGAUCCUGCUGAUGUACAUAGCACCCAAGGCGGCCAUCUUUGAGUCCAAUUCCCCCGAGGGCGAAGCGGCGGCCAUGUUGAACAACAUGCGUGUCUACGGCUCCAUCUGUCUCCUCCUCAUGUCCUUGCUGGUGUUUGUGGGCGUAAAGUACGUCAACAAACUGGCCUCCAUCUUCUUGGCCUGCGUCAUCGUCUCCAUCGUUUCCAUCUACGCCGGAGCGCUGGUCUCCGCCUUCAAACCGCCACAGUUUCCCGUGUGCAUGCUGGGGAAUCGAACCAUCAACGGGCACGUCAUCGUGGACAGCCAGUGUGCAAAGACCCUCCUGCUGCCGGCCGGCGAGCCCGUGGAGAGAGACGACGCCAACUUCACCCUCACCACCGAAAACAGCACGGAGGCCCCGACCUUUGACCCCGGCCAGAUUCCUGCUCUGGUGGAGGACACCACGUAUCUGUGGAAGCAGUUCUGCCAGGGCCCCGAGCUCAACGCCUCCUGCGACGAAUACUUCAUGUCCAACAAUUUCUCCGAGAUCAAAGGGAUCCCCGGUCUGGCAAGUGGGAUCAUCUCAGAGAACGUGUGGAGCUCCUACCUCAGUAAAGGGGACGUGGUGGAGAAAGGCUCCGUCAACUCCUCUCAUUUUUCCCCCCCCGCCUCCAACCACCAGCCGUACGUGUUUGCUGACAUCACCACCUCGUUCACGCUGCUGGUCGGCAUCUUCUUCCCCUCGGUCACAGGAAUAAUGGCUGGCUCCAACCGGUCGGGGGACCUGAAGGAUGCCCAGCGCUCGAUCCCCAUUGGAACCAUCCUGGCCAUCCUCACCACCUCCAUCGUCUACCUGACCAGUGUGGUUUUGUUCGGCGCCUGCAUCGACGGGGUCGUCCUCAGAGACAAAUUUGGCGACUCGGUGAAAGGGAAUCUGGUGGUGGGGACUCUGGCGUGGCCGACGCCCUGGGUCAUCGUCAUCGGCUCCUUCUUCUCCACGUGUGGCGCAGGCCUGCAGUCGCUGACCGGGGCGCCACGCCUCCUCCAGGCCAUCGCAAAGGACAACGUCAUCCCCUUCCUCCGGGUGUUUGGACAUGGGAAGGGCAACGGGGAGCCGACCUGGGCCCUGCUGCUGACGGGCCUGAUCGCUGAGCUGGGGAUUCUCAUCGCCUCUCUGGACCUGGUGGCUCCCAUCCUCACAAUGUUCUUCCUGAUGUGCUAUCUGUUCGUUAACCUGGCCUGUGCCCUCCAGACCCUCCUGAGAACUCCCAACUGGAGGCCACGCUUCUCCUACUACCACUGGACCUUGUCGUUCUUGGGGAUGAUCAUCUGCCUGGCGCUGAUGUUCAUCUCCUCCUGGCUCUACGCAAUCAUCGCCAUGGUGAUCGCUGGCAUGAUCUACAAGUACAUCGAGUACAACGGAGCGGAGAAGGAGUGGGGGGAUGGGAUCCGCGGCCUGUCACUCAGUGCUGCCCGCUACGCCCUCUUGAGGUUGGAGGAGGGACCACCACACACCAAGAACUGGAGGCCUCAGCUCUUAGUGUUGCUGAAGCUCGAUGAAGACGCCCACGUGAAGUCUCCUCGCCUGCUGACCUUCGCCAGCCAGCUGAAGGCGGGGAAGGGCCUGACCAUCGUGGGCACCGUCGUCUCUGGAAACUUCCUGCAGAGCUACGGAGAGGCGCUCGCUGCCGAGCAGACUCUGAAGCACCUGAUGGACAAGGAGCGGGUGAAGGGCUUCUGUCAGUGCAUCGUGGCCCAGAAGCCGCGCGAGGGCAUCAGCCACAUGAUCCAGUCGAGCGGCCUGGGAGGAAUGAAACCCAACACGGUGGUGAUGGGCUGGCCUCACGCCUGGAGGCAGAGCGAGGACCCGCAGUCCUGGAAGACCUUCAUCAACACCGUGCGGGUGACCACCGCCGGCCACCUGGCACUGCUGGUUCCCAAAAACAUCUCCCUGUUCCCCAGCAGCAGUGAGCCCUGCACCGAGGGCUACAUCGACGUCUGGUGGAUCGUCCACGACGGGGGGAUGCUCAUGCUGCUGCCCUUUCUCCUGCGCCAGCACAAGGUAUGGCGUAAGUGUGCGAUGAGAAUCUUCACAGUGGCCCAGAUGGAGGAUAAUUCGAUUCAGAUGAAGAAGGAUCUGGCGACCUUCCUCUAUCACCUCCGCAUCGAGGCCGAGGUGGAAGUGGUGGAGAUGCACGACAGCGACAUCAGUGCGUACACGUACGAGCGCACCCUGAUGAUGGAGCAGAGAUCCCAGAUGCUCCGGCAGAUGAGACUUUCUAAAUCCGACCGGGAACGAGAGCAGGGAAACCCUGGUAGCAGCAGCAGUAGGCCAGAGGCAGGUGGCGCUUCAAAGUCUCAGGCCCAGCUGGUGAAGGACCGCAACUCCAUGCUGCGUCUCACCAGCAUCGGAUCCGACGAGGACGACGACACCGACGGCGUCGAGCGAGAGAGGGCAGCGACUGGUGGAGGAGGCGGAGGAGGAGGGGGAGGAGGAGGAGGUGGUGGAGGUGGAGGCGGUGGAGGCGGCGGCAGCAGCAGCGGGGGCGGCAACUGCGAGCACAACCGUCGAGUUCAGAUGACCUGGACCAAAGAGAGGACUUUGCACUACAGGGCCACGCACUCCGGCUGCUCCACCCCCGAAGGCUUCAGAGACAUGCUCAGCAUCAGGCCGGAUCACUCCAACGUCAGGAGGAUGCACACCGCCGUCAAACUCAACGAGGUCAUCGCCAACAAGUCCCACGACGCCCGACUCGUCCUGCUCAACAUGCCAGGACCCCCCCGCAACACGGAGGGAGACGAGAACUACAUGGAGUUCCUGGAGGUCCUGACAGAAGGACUCGAGCGCGUCCUGUUGGUCAGAGGCGGAGGAAGUGAGGUCAUCACCAUCUACUCCUGAUUGGCCAGGAGAGAGGAAUUCAGCGUUAAAGAAGCAGGGAGACGGGGGGGGGGGGGGGGGGGGGGGUCCAAAAGAGAGACAGUCGACACCCCGACCAGCCCUCAUCCUUUCCUUCUGUACACGUUCCUCUCACGACGAGGGUUUCCAUUCCACUUGCGUUGGGAAACAGAAACUCAAUUCCAUCAAUGUGAAAAAAGGAAAAAAAAAUGAAAAAUACGAGUGUCUGUGUGUGUGUGUGUGUGUGUGUCUGAAGGUUUGUCGGCUUGUGAGAGAAGGGACCAGCGUUGUGCGACGGCAGAGGGACCAGUGAGGGACCAGUGAGGGACCAGUGAGGAACCAGUGAGGAACCAGUGAGGAGCACGGACUCCAGAGCAGCGUCUGAACAGACUCAGGGUUGCUUUUUGUACAGAUUGUAUUUUGGAACCAGACGUGACAGUUCUGAUCCGAGUGUGUUCGUGUCUCCUGAAAGACGCAGACAUGUUCUUACCGUACCUCCGGGUCUGUUUCGAACCUGCCCCGUGCUUCGUCCACCAAACGUCAGCGAGCUUCUGUGCAUCUCUUAACUUGAAAUCAAUCAGAACGAACCUCUGUUCUUCAGAUAUCCACCAGAAGCCACAGUGAAGUUUAAAGUGGGUUCGGUUUAAAGUGGUUAAGAUGGUUCGGCUCGGACCGUAAAAACAAAGAUGGACGACAUGUCUCCGCCCCCUCCCGUUGUACAAUAUGAAGCCGGCCACCAGGGGGUAUCAGAUGUUUUGGCUUCACUUUUUAGGAGCCGUUGUGUCCUCCAUCUUUAUUUUACAGUCUGUGGUUUGUCCCAGUCGAUAAAGAUCCGAGUACAACGGAUCAAACCGAUGUAAAGGACGUAAUCAGAGCACUUCUCUGUGUCUGUGCCAUACCCCCCCCCCCCCCCACCCCCACCCCCGUUGGACUGCAUGUGAAUAGUUCAUUCGUUAGAGUCGGAGGUGAACGUGUGUUUGAGCACGAGGACGAACUUUACGGUUGUUUUUGUUGUGAGAGAAUCGGAAAGAAGACGAGUUGUUGACACACUGGACCAUUGAGGAGAGGACCGCUGCACUGCAUGCUGGGAAAACUGUCACUCAGAGUGUGUGUGCGUUAGAUGUGUACACUUGACACGAUGAAUUUGUGUGUUCCAUUCCCUCUCUUUGAAAGUGUUUGCUGCAUUGUGUCGUGUGAGCUCGUCACCUCCCGCUGUGUUUGUGAGUCUGAACGCGAUCGGGAGCUCGUUGCUGAAGUUCGGAGCCGUAGACUCGAGGUGUUUGAUUCCACUCUCAUGCUUUUGUCCUUUUUGUUUUCUACAGCGUUAUCGUGAAGGGACUCUUUCAUGUUCACCGUAAUUUCUUAUUAAACAUUGUUGUCUCGCUUGUACAUACGGACGAAAAAGAUCCCGAGUUUUAUCUUUUUUUAAUUACAUUAAUAUAAAAAGGAAUCGUUUAAAAAAAAUAAAAAACAACGGAGCAAAUAAAGGAAUUUUGAAAGAAAA